AUGCGGUCCUCACGGACGCGCGGCCGGCCUGGGCGCCCUCUGAGCCUCCUGCUCGCCCUGCUCUGCGCCCUGCGAGCCAAGGUGUGCGGGGCCUCCGGCCAGUUCGAGUUGGAAAUCCUGUCCAUGCAGAACGUGAACGGGGAGCUGCAGAACGGGAACUGCUGCAGCGGUGCCCGAAGCCCGGGGGACCGCAAGUGUACCCGCGACGAGUGUGACACGUACUUCAAAGUGUGCCUCAAGGAAUACCAGUCUCGCGUCACUGCUGGGGGACCCUGCAGCUUCGGCUCGGGGUCCACGCCUGUCAUCGGAGGCAACACCUUCAACCUAAAGGCUAGUCGCGGCAACGACCGCAAUCGCAUCGUGCUGCCUUUCAGUUUCGCCUGGCCGAGGUCCUACACUUUGCUUGUGGAGGCAUGGGACUCCAGCAAUGACACCGUUCAACCUGACAACAUUAUUGAAAAGGCUUCUCACUCGGGCAUGAUCAACCCCAGCCGGCAGUGGCAGACGCUGAAGCAGAACACAGGGGUCGCCCAUUUUGAGUAUCAGAUCCGAGUGACCUGUGAUGACUAUUACUACGGCUUUGGCUGCAAUAAGUUCUGCCGACCCAGAGAUGACUUCUUUGGACAUUAUGCCUGUGACCAGAACGGCAACAAAACUUGCAUGGAAGGCUGGAUGGGGCCCGAGUGUAACCGAGCUAUUUGCCGACAGGGCUGUAGUCCCAAGCACGGGUCUUGCAAACUCCCUGGUGACUGCAGGUGCCAGUACGGCUGGCAGGGCCUGUACUGCGACAAGUGCAUCCCGCACCCCGGCUGCGUUCGUGGCACCUGCAUCGAGCCCUGGCAGUGCCUUUGCGAGACCAACUGGGGUGGCCAGCUCUGUGACAAAGAUCUCAAUUACUGCGGGACUCAUCAGCCGUGUCUCAAUGGGGGAACUUGUAGCAACACGGGUCCUGACAAGUAUCAGUGUUCCUGCCCCGAGGGGUAUUCGGGACCCAACUGUGAAAUUGUGGAGCAUGCCUGCCUCUCUGAUCCCUGCCACAACGGAGGAAGCUGCAAGGAAACAUCGCUGGGGUUUGAGUGUGGGUGUUCUCCAGGUUGGACCGGCCCCACAUGCUCCACGAAUAUUGAUGACUGUUCUCCAAAUAACUGUUCCCACGGGGGGACCUGCCAGGACUUGGUUAACGGAUUUAAAUGUGUGUGCUCUCCCCAGUGGACUGGCAAGACGUGCCAGAUAGAUGCAAAUGAAUGCGAGGCCAAACCUUGUGUAAAUGCCAAGUCCUGUAAGAAUCUGAUUGGGAGCUACUACUGUGAUUGUCUUCCCGGCUGGACAGGGCAGAAUUGUGACAUCAAUAUUAACGACUGUCGCGGCCAGUGUCAGAAUGAGGCCUCUUGUCGGGAUUUGGUUAAUGGUUAUCGCUGUAUCUGUCCACCUGGCUAUGCAGGCGAUCACUGUGAGAGAGACAUCGAUGAAUGCGCCAGCAACCCCUGUUUGAAUGGGGGUCACUGUCAGAAUGAAAUCAACAGAUUCCAGUGUCUGUGUCCCACUGGUUUCUCGGGAAACCUCUGUCAGUUAGACAUAGAUUAUUGUGAGCCCAAUCCCUGCCAGAAUGGUGCCCAGUGCUACAACCGUGCCAGCGACUAUUUCUGCAAGUGUCCUGAGGAUUACGAGGGCAAGAACUGCUCACACCUGAAGGACCACUGCCGCACGACCCCCUGCGAAGUGAUUGACAGCUGCACGGUGGCCAUGGCCUCCAACGACACUCCCGAAGGGGUGCGGUACAUUUCCUCGAACGUCUGUGGUCCCCACGGCAAGUGCAAGAGUCAGUCGGGAGGCAAAUUCACCUGUGACUGUAACAAAGGCUUCACUGGAACAUACUGCCACGAAAAUAUUAAUGACUGUGAGAGCAAUCCCUGUAAAAACGGUGGUACAUGCAUUGAUGGUGUGAACUCCUACAAGUGUAUCUGUAGUGACGGCUGGGAGGGGGCCUACUGUGAAACCAAUAUUAAUGACUGCAGCCAGAACCCCUGCCACAAUGGGGGCACAUGUCGGGACCUGGUCAAUGACUUUUACUGCGACUGUAAAAAUGGGUGGAAAGGAAAGACGUGCCACUCGCGUGACAGCCAGUGUGACGAGGCCACCUGCAACAAUGGUGGUACCUGCUAUGAUGAAGGGGAUGCUUUUAAGUGCAUGUGUCCCGGAGGCUGGGAAGGAACGACCUGUAACAUAGCCCGAAACAGUAGCUGCCUGCCCAACCCCUGCCAUAAUGGGGGCACCUGUGUGGUCAACGGGGAGUCCUUUACGUGUGUCUGCAAAGAAGGCUGGGAAGGGCCUAUCUGCACUCAGAACACCAAUGACUGCAGUCCUCAUCCCUGUUACAACAGUGGGACGUGCGUGGACGGAGACAACUGGUACCGGUGUGAAUGUGCCCCGGGUUUUGCUGGGCCUGACUGCAGAAUAAACAUCAAUGAAUGCCAGUCUUCCCCUUGUGCUUUCGGGGCUACUUGUGUGGAUGAGAUCAAUGGCUACCGAUGUGUUUGUCCCCCGGGGCACAGCGGUGCCAAGUGCCAGGAAGUUUCAGGAAGACCUUGCAUCACCAUGGGGAGCAUGAUACCAGAUGGGGCCAAGUGGGAUGAUGACUGUAACACCUGCCAGUGCCUGAACGGAAGGAUCGCUUGCUCCAAGGUCUGGUGUGGUCCUCGGCCGUGCCUGCUGCACAAAGGGCACAGUGAGUGCCCCAGCGGGCAGAGCUGUGUCCCCAUCCUGGACGAUCAGUGUUUCGUACGUCCCUGCACUGGCGUGGGAGAGUGCCGGUCCUCUAGCCUCCAGCCGGUGAAGACCAAGUGCACCUCCGAUUCCUAUUACCAGGACAGCUGUGCCAAUAUCACCUUUACCUUUAACAAAGAGAUGAUGUCACCGGGCCUUACCACUGAACACAUUUGCAGUGAAUUGAGGAAUUUGAAUAUUUUGAAGAACGUUUCUGCUGAAUAUUCAAUCUACAUAGCUUGUGAGCCUUCCCCGUCAGCCAACAAUGAAAUUCACGUGGCCAUUUCGGCUGAGGACAUACGGGACGAUGGAAACCCUAUCAAGGAAAUCACCGACAAAAUAAUAGAUCUUGUUAGCAAACGUGAUGGGAACAGCUCGCUGAUUGCGGCUGUAGCAGAAGUAAGAGUACAGAGGCGUCCUGUGAAGAGCAAAACAGAUUUCCUGGUUCCCUUGCUGAGCUCUGUGUUAACCGUGGCUUGGAUCUGUUGCUUGGUGACGGCCUUCUACUGGUGUGUGCGGAAGCGGCGGAAGCCAAGCAGCCACACUCACUCGGCCUCCGAGGACACCACCACCAACAACGUGCGGGAGCAGCUGAACCAGAUCAAGAACCCCAUCGAGAAGCACGGGGCCAACACCGUGCCCAUCAAGGAUUAUGAGAACAAAAACUCCAAGAUGUCCAAAAUAAGGACACACAACUCGGAAGUCGAGGAGGAUGACGUGGAUAAACACCAGCAGAAAGCCCGGUUUGCCAAGCGGCCGGCGUACACGCUGGUAGACAGAGAGGAGAAGCCCCCCAACGGCACGCCGGCAAAGCACCCAAACUGGACAAACAAACAGGACAACAGAGACCUGGAAAGUGCCCAAAGCUUGAACCGGAUGGAGUACAUCGUAUAGCAGACAGCGGGUGCUGCCGCCUCGCGGACACCACCCUUAGGGUAGUGGUGAAAGGCACUCUGGGCUUGUAGUUCUUUAAACUGUCAUGUCACGUUUGAGUCUAAGGCUGUUCCGGACUUAGAAUCCUUGUGUUAAUUUAAGUUCUGACAAGCUGGCUUACACUGGCAAGGGUAAUUUCUGUGGUCGGCUGGAAACCCAAGCGCUGCAUUACACAUCUAUGCAAAACCAGUCGAGAGUGCCCUUGAGUGGGUUCCCCUGCAGUUUGACAAGCGUGGGCCGGGCCCGCCAGGAGACCGUCUCGCCCUUAGUCCUUGAGCUUCCGCUUCUGCCAGAUGUCCUGAUGGUGAUGCAGUCUUAGGAGAAUAGUUUUUAUUUAUAUUUAUUGACUCUCGAGUUGUUUUUGUAUAUUGGUUCUAUGAUGACGUACAAGUAGUUCUGUAUUUGAAAGUGCCUUUGCAGCUCAGAACCACAGCAACUAUCACAAAUGAGUU